AUGGAGUCUGUCCCGGAUUUUACCAGUAUCAUCCACUCACCAUCAUUCACCUUCCUUGUCGGUCCACGACAUACGAAGCUGACAAUCCAGUCGGGACUCGCCCAACAUGUCUCCAAACCACUCCAUAAUCUCAUGAACGGUCCGACGAGGGAAUCAAAACAUCGAAUCGCCGUUCUAGAAGAAGACGACGUUGAAACCUUUGUCGCUUUCUGCGAGUAUGCAUAUACCGGCGAUUAUAAGGUGCCUCGUCCGGAGGUCCGAGAAGAUCACAGGGUUGGAGUAGUCGAGAGCUCGCCUAGUACCGCCACCUGGAGAGAGCAUUACCGAUCUGGUUCAAUCGCGUCAACUGUGCCACCUCCGGCUCCGUCGCCACCUCCGCAGUAUCGCCAUCGGGGACAGGGAGCCCAUCAGUCUGCAAUUGAGCCUGAGACUGAGCCGGUGCCUGCGCCCGUGUCUGAGCCUGCGCCCACCGAGGUCAAGGAACCGGUUACUCCAACCCAUGUUCCAGAAUCUGAGGUUGAGCCGACUCCAGAGCCAGAGGCUCCAGUCUCUGCGGCGGAGCCGGAACCGGAGCCAGAGACAUACCACGAGGCGGAGGCUGCACCAGAGCCAGUCGAGGAUAUGCCUCCUGUCGAGGGUGGAUGGGCUCCGGAUGAAGAACCUGUGUCGUGGGAGCCAGAAGAUGCCAAGGUAGAAAAAACUAAGGGAAAGAAGGGAAAGAAAGGGAAGAAGGGCAAAAAGCAAGCAGAGCCAGUCGAAGAACUUCCCGCACUAGCUGGACCUGUCAACCUUACGCCACCAUCAACACCACCCCCAGAAGUUGCUGCCGACCCUCUCCCGGAGUCAGAAGCAGAGCCCGUUGAAGAAUGGACUCCUGUCCCAGAGCCAGAACCCGAACCGACUGAGUCAUGGGAACAGCCAGCCGAAGAACCCGCGCUGACAGAAGAACCUGCACCUGUGGAAGGAUCGAUGGAAGAUUCUUGGACUCAGGACAGAAGCAACCAUACACAGCGCCAACGACCAAUGCUCGACAUGUCCUUUGCCCAACAUCAAGUCUCCUCGCCCUGCGAGGCGGGUCUCAGCCUAUGGGACGAGUUCACAUCCCUACAAUACAAUGACGAGCCAGCAACCUCCAAGCCUAGCCCGGUCGAGACACCAAGCACCGACCUACCCUACAUCACAUUCCACGCGAAGGUCUACGUCUUCGCCACCCGGUACCUAAUCCCCGCUCUCGCCCAGCUUUGCCUCCGAAAGCUGCAUCGCGAUCUUCUCACCCUCUCAUCGGCAGACUUCGAAACCGCCGAUCAAGACGACUCUCAAAUUCUAGACGGCUUGGCAGCAACCAAGGCGCAGAUGAUACUGGAGUUGGUACACUACGCCUACACCAAGACAGCCCGACUGGAGCCGAUCUCGCCGACAUCCGCGACCCAGCUUCGGGAGAACGAGCUGCGUCGACUGGUGGUGCACUAUGCAGCGUGCAACGUGAAGGAAUUGGCACGAUAUCAUUCGGCAGACGAUUCCGUCUCGGCGACGCCGUCUUUGCGACCUGUGGAUGCAAAAGUGGAGCGAGUUGAGACGUCCACUUCCCCUAAGAGUCUCCGUGCUUUGUUGGACUUGACGACAGAGCUGGCCUCUGAUCUGGUCUACCGCAUGAUGUGA